AUGUUUCCCACACGACGGUUAGCUUCCCAGGGCUUUUUCAAGCGCAGUGCCGACGAGUUCGGCCGUCUGUCCAGAAUUGCUUGGAACACGGAGGCCCUCCACACUCCGACCAAACCUUACACCCUUCUCAAUUUCGAAGAUGAGGGAACAACCAAAGGAUGUAAAACAAUGGCCGACCGUGCAGUAGGGGGCUUCAGUACUGCCAGUCUAGACCACGAACCCGCGGACCUUUCUACGAAUACCCCUUCACACGCUCGCUUCCAUGGAACCAUCUCGACAAAGCUCCCCGACAACUGGCGCGUCGAAAGAACCGGUUACGCUGCGUUCCGAAACCAAGACCGAGGCUUCUGGCUUCUCGGCCGGCUUUACUGGGACGUGGAUCCCUAUGCGUAUCUGGCACUGCGAAUUAAGUCCGACGGUCGGCGCUACACCGUGAAUGUGCAGACGGAUGCCGUUGUGGAGACGGAUAUUCACCAGCACAGAUUAUACACGCGCCACCACCGAGUGCGCCAAGAACCCUCAGAGGCAUAUGAGAACGAUGCCGAGUCGCUAGAUGCCACCGACAGCAUGCCCGCCGCGCUCUCAGACGUUCCUCCUGAAUCGACGAUCAUAUCCACAUCCACCAGCACAACAACAUCCGGCUCCGACGGGUGGGAGACCGUCUUGCUACCCUUCAGCUCGUUCGUGCGCACAAACUAUGGUUUUGUCGUUGAGCCUCAAACUUCCCUGACCCGCCAGCGGGUCAAGAGCAUUGGUAUUGGUCUGACCGACCGUGUUGAUGGGCCAUUUGACCUGCGCAUUCACAAGAUCUGGGCGACGAACGGCAUGAGUGAGGCGGAUGUCGAGGAGGAGCGGAGGAUUUGUGGUGGAAAUGCACUUCCUCUUGAUGAGGGUGUUCGCUCUGGCUGGACCGAGCAGCUCGAGCAACAGACCACUGAAGCCCAACCCCAGCCCCAGCAGAAGAACCAGGACUCCAAGGAGAAAGGUCUUAAGGGUCUGAAAUGGGAGGAGUAA